AUGGCCGAAGAAUUGACUAUGGACACUAUUGAUCUGCCGGAACGUAUUCCAGAAAUCGUGUCAGAUAAGCCUAACACAUCGGCAUAUCAACAUUUGAUAGAUCGAUUAGCGAAAUUACAAACUCUACCAACAACAACUGCUCAAUUGAAGAAAGAAAUGUGGUCUCAAUUUUUAGCUCUUUGGUGCGAAAUUCUUCAGAUCUCUCCAUCUGAUGCUUCAUUGUGUUACGAAGAAUAUGCUUCUGUUCUACCUCGCCUAUUCAAAACGGUUAAUUUUUAUUUCAUACGAAAAGAUGUGAAAGUCGCUCGAGAGAGCUGUUUUACAUGUAUUUCUCAACUCAAUCAUCCGAAUAUGAGAUAUUUUCUUCAGUUAACAACCGAACAACAGAACAUACCAGAGAAUAAGAUUUAUCAUCAACAUAUUUACUAUCUUUUACUAAUUGCUGCACAAACAAUUUCAUUUUUGUCAUUUGCGACGAGUGACGAUCAACAAUUUAUUGAAAAUCAUCAAGAACUUUAUAGUCUAUUAAUUGAACAUAUCGAACAAAGUAUGCCCGAACAUUGUCAAACAAUCAUAGAAAAAGAACAUGACUUAGGUAUCAUUAAUUUACGUGGUCUUAGUGUACUUUGGAAUACAGCUGAUCGAACUGUACUCGUUCCCAUAUUGUUGAAAUGUGAUCUUGCCAAGAAAGUUAUCGGUUGGCUUGCUCAAUCGACUAAAUUGACGGACACUGGUCGUCGACCUCUAAUCAGUAUUGUUCAUAAUAUUGCUCGACAUGAUGAUGGAGCUGAUGAACUCAACAAAUAUGGAGCGAUCGACAAAAUAAAAGAAUAUAAGAAGAUUAAACUAGAGAAAAUGGAUUCACGAGUUUUGACUAUUUCAAUGGCUUUGGCUCUUCUCUCCACACCUGAAGAACUCAAACGCGAUCAGAAAGGCAUGAAUAUAGUACUCAAUCAAUUACUUCAACUUGUUAUCGAUGCUGCUAAAGGUGACCGAUAUCGACGUGAUGGUUUUCAUGUUAGUGAACCAUUAGGUGUCUUAGUAAAAAUGUUCGUUGUCGAAGAACGUACACUUGACUAUGUCUUAUGCCAUGCAGAAACACAACCACCAUCAGAUGUGCAUUCAACAAUUCGUCUAUUUGCAUCGUUACUUUUCAAAUUUGCUGAUGCAUUAAAAGGAACAGAUCGACUCGAACAAUUUACAUUGAUAGCUUUAUUAAAUAUUUUCUGGAGUAUAUCUUUUCAAGAGAAUUAUGCAUCAGAAUUACUUCAAGAUCAAGAAUUAAUAGUAACAAUUCAAAAAUUCGUCGAAAAUGAUCAAGCAGAAGAAAUUCUCGAACAAUACAAACCACGAUCUAUGGAAGGUAUUAAAGAAGCAGCACAUGGUAUUCUACAUAAUCUCAAUCAAGAUAAGAAAAAUGAGAUAGUAUUUGAUAAAGAGAAUAUUUCUCUCGAUGCUCUUGUUUUGAAUCCAGUCGGAGGGAUACAAAAGAAACCAUCGAUUAUGAUUAGUUAUUCUCAUGGAGAUAAUAUUUUUUGCAAUAAAAUACUCGAUUUAUUAACUAAACAUAAUGACGUCUUUGAAAUAUGGAUCGAUCGAACACAUUGUCAAGGAGUUGAAGAUUUGUGGGAAUCAAUUGCCGAUGGUAUGGAACAAGCAUCUAUCAUUGUAUGUCUACUUUCGAGUCAAUAUUUUGAGAGUAAAUCAUGUCGAAAAGAAUUUAUCUAUGCUACGGAUUCACUCAAGAAAAAAGUUGUACCUGUAUUAAUUGAGCAUUUCGAACCGAAAGGAUGGCUUGGUAUUCGGAUGACUGGUAUGAAGUAUGUUCGUUUUCGAGGACCUUUCGAAUCGGAACAGAACAAAAUGACCGAAUUGUUAAAUACAAUAUUUUCAUCACUGUCAUCGGCAAAAAUACCCAUCAAUGAGAAUCUCUCAGCCCAACCACCGAAUCACAGCACGCCGUCACCAUCACCAUCGAAUCAUGUAAUGUUGCCGCUGUCAUCACUACCACAUCAAUCUUCAUCAUCGCUUAAUACUUUUGCUACACAACCAACUCCAGUGGCUUCUCUCCGUCCCUGCAACCAAUGGACAUCAACUAGUGGUGAUAUUCAUGCAUGGUUUGUACAUCAUCGACUAUCGACAGAAUUGCGUGAUUUAUUUGACUUUCAAACCGGUGAAGAAAUGCUCGAUUAUGCUCAAUUGUUGAUUAAAGAUCGUGAAAAACAAAUGAAUAUUUAUGAAAGAAUUUUCGCUAAGAAAUAUAAUGGUAGUGAUAUGCCACCGCAUGAAUUUAAUCGAUUUGCAAAAGCUUUGGAACAAUUACUAAGAGAUAAUCCUUCGCCUACGAUGAAAAAAAAUUCAUCAGCCUCAAACAAAUCGAGCAUAUGCACUAUUUUGUAA